CGCAACGUCACUGCAGUGUCAGUGUAGGUAUUUUGAAAAGAGGGAUGGGACCCUUAUCACAGAGAACACAUUUCUCUUUGUUUUUCCUCUUGAUAAUUAUAAUAGAGGGGCAAUAUCAAUGGGUUCAAGCCCAGCACUGUGUGUGGUAUGGAGAGUGUGGAGAGUCCGCCAAGGUCCAGGGGAAAAAGUACAACUGCAACUACACUGGCCCGCCUAUACCACUCCCCCAGGAGGAGGAGGAACUGCUCGAUGAGCUGUGUCCGGGGUAUAAGUAUGGGAACCUGAGUCUGUGCUGUGAUGGCCAACAACUCCGCACACUCAAAGGAAGUCUCCAGCUGCCCCUUCAGUUUCUGUCUCGCUGCCCUGCCUGUUUUUACAACCUGAUGAACCUGUUCUGUGAGCUGACAUGCAGCCCCCACCAGAGUGAGUUCAUCAAGGCCAUCAAUAUCACCCACGACACUGACCCAGGCGCAACCAACAAGUCUAACGUGGUGGAAGUGGAGUACUACAUCGGAGAGACCUUUGCUAAUGCCAUGUACAACGCGUGUAAGGACGUCCAAGCCCCGUCGAGCAACGUGAAGGCUCUUUCACUGCUGUGCGGCAAGGACGCCAGUGAAUGUACCCCCACAAACUGGAUCCAGUAUAUGUUUGACACCAGCAAUGGCCAGAGCCCCUUCUCCAUUGACCCCAUCUUCUCAGAUGUGCCCGUGUCCAACAUGACGCCCAUGAACAACGCCACGUUUGGCUGCGCCCAGGUCCUGGACGACGGCUCGGGUCCCUGCUCCUGCCAGGACUGCAGCGCCGUCUGUGGCCCCACGCCCGUCCCUCCCCCCCGCCCCCCGCCCUGGACCAUCCUGGGCAUGGACGCCAUGGUGGUCAUCAUGUGGGUCUCCUACAUGGCCUUCCUCCUCCUCUUUGCCGGCGCCGCGGUCGGCGCGUGGGGCUACAGGAAAAGGACAAUCAUGUCAGAGUAUGGGCCCAUAUUGGACAGCAACGACCCUCUCUCCCUGAACAACGAUAGCAUCGACCAAGUUGACGCGACGUGCGGCGAGACGCUGGGCGAGCGCUUUGAGAACGCCCUGCGCAUCCUGUUCACCCGCUGGGGCUCCUUCUGCGUGCGGCAGCCCCUCCUGGUGGUGCUGAGCAGCCUGGUCCUAGUGUCCGCCUGCUCAGGGGGCCUGGCCUACAUGCGCAUCACCACGGACCCGGUAGAGCUGUGGUCGUCUCCCAGCAGCCAGGCGCGCCAGGAGAAGGAGUACUUCGACAGCCACUUCGGGCCUUUCUUCCGGGCGGAGCAGAUCAUCAUCACCACCACCGUCAACGCCAGCGUUGUCUACCAGCCCGUCCCUACCGGCUUGGACGUCCCCUUCCAAUCCAUCCUGGACAUUAAUGUCCUGCACCAGGUGUUGGACCUGCAGCUGGCCAUUGAAGGCCUGGUGGCGUCCUACGGGGAGGAGAAGGUCACGCUCAAGGACAUCUGCCUGGCGCCCCUGGCCCCCUACAACAACAACUGCACCAUCCUCAGUGUCCUUAAUUACUUCCAGAACAGUCACACGCAGCUGGACCGCGUCAUCACUGAUGACUUCUGGACCAUAGCUGACUUCCACACCCACUUCCUCUACUGUGUCAGCGCUCCAGCCUCCCUGAACGACACCAGCCCCCUCCACGACCCCUGCAUGGGCACCUUCGGAGGGCCCAUCUUCCCCUGGCUGGCGCUAGGCGGCUAUGACGCCACCAACUACAACAACGCCACAGCUCUGGUGAUCACGUUUCCUGUCAACAACUACCACAACGACACUGUCCGGAUAGGCAAAGCCCUGGCCUGGGAGAAAGAGUUCAUCUCCUUCCUGAAGAGGUACGACAACCCCAACCUGACGCUCGCCUUCAACGCCGAGAGGAGCAUCGAGGACGAGAUCAACCGCGAGAGCGAGAGCGACCUCAGCACGGUGGUGGUCAGCUACGCCAUCAUGUUUGUCUACAUCUCCCUGGCCCUGGGACACAUCCACAGCCUGAGAAGACUGCUGGUGAGGGUCUCCCUGGGCGUGGCGGGCAUCCUGAUCGUGCUGAGCUCCGUGGCGUGCUCGCUGGGCAUCUUCAGCUACGCCGGCGUGCCCCUCACCCUCAUCGUCAUCGAGGUCAUCCCCUUCCUGGUGCUGGCUGUGGGGGUGGACAACAUCUUCAUCAUCGUGCAGACCUACCAGCUGAGUGCCUUCCGGCUGUGA